AACCAUAGAAAAGUUACACUGAAAAAUCUACACUAGGUAACACUGGCCAAUUUGCUGUGCAGUAUGCUGUUGAUCAACUGGCCAGAGAAGCAGAGAAUUCCACUGUUCUAAAGAAGUGUGUGACCUAUUUACAUUUAAUUUACUCAGAGUCAUGUCUGGCUUGCCUCCUGGUGCUCCAGCAGCUGUUACAGUAUAUACACCCCAACAGGCCAACAUCACACAUUAAUAGCUUAAAAAAUAAUACCGUCCAGUGAAUAUGUAUGCAGUGACAUCACAGUGAUGUGAAGAGAGAUUGGUUGUCACUCCACUCAGGUGUAUUUCUAGCCACUGAGUGUUGGUGAUGCUGUAGAAGUGGUCUGGGCCUUGGGGCGUGCUUUAUCCAGCCUGGAUUGAGACAGGAAGCUUUUUGCGUGUGUGUAAUCCCAUUAAGACCAGCCCUCAUCCCCUGGUGUGUUUGCUCUACUGUAGGCGGCCUUCUAGCGUCUCAACUGAUAAAAGAAAAGGCGGCCAUUCAUGUUGUUGGACUACUGUUGCAGGUGUUGUGGGUAUUGUGGGUCUACUCUGAAGCGCUAUGGCCCAACAUCAGUCAAGAUCAAGACCAACGUCAGUGAAACAUGGAUUGUUCUCCAGAACUUGCUGAUGUGCAUAAUAUCCUUCUAUGCUGUUUACUACAUAGUGGUCAGUCUCUGCAUUGGUAUUCUCAGGGUACAUGAGGUUGACAGCCUUUUAGCGCCCUUUGACUACACAACACAGCCAUCAUGGCAAAGUCCAAAAUACCUAGUGACAGUGAUCUCCAUGGAGCUGACCUAUCUUUUGGGAGGCCUGAUAUUUGCGUGGAUUGUCGAGGAGUGGGUGUGGGACUACGCCAUCACAGUCACACUAAUCCACAUCGGUCUGACGGUAGCAGUUAUGUCUGAUUUCCCGUCAACAGAACAUUAUUGGAUUGCCCUUGGUUCUGGAUUGGUGAUGAUGAUUUUCGGAGGCCAACUUGUAGCAUAUAAGCUCUUCAGGAAUAAUUUUGUGUAUCCGGAUGAGCUCCAACAUUUCUAAGAAAAAGAUUUCGCUUUUCUUCUACAAAAUGAUGCAGGGUCAAAUAUUUUUUUAUAUUCAUUUUUUUUGUACUACACAACUUUGGUACUCUGUAAAUCCACACAUUAUAUUGUUUGGAAGGAAUAGUUGAGAAUAUGGGGCAGCAGGGUAGCCUAGUGGUUAGAGCAUUGGACUAGUAACCGAAAGGUUGCAAGUUCAAAUCCCUGAUCUGACAAAUCUGUCGUUCUGCCCCUAAACAGACAGUUAACCCACUGUUCCUAGGCCGUCAUUGAAAAUAAAAAUGUGUUCUUAACUUGCCUACUUAAAUAAAGGUAAAAAAAUAUAUCUUGCCAACAAUGUUCUUGUUUUUGUGUAUCUUGUUCAUAUUCAUAUCCAUGCCAUUGGAAAUAAUAAGGAAUGACUCUUUUUAGAGAUGGAAUAAUGUAACAAAGUGUUAUUACUGUGUUAUUACUGUAACAAAGUGUUAUUACUGUAACAAAGUGAUAUUACUGUGUUAUUACUGUAACAAAGUGUUAUUACUGUGUUUUACUGUAACAAAGUGAUAUUACUGUGUUAUUACUGUAACAAAGUGUUAUUACUGUGUUAUUACUGUAACAAAGUGUUAUUACUGUGUUAUUACUGUAACAAACCGUUAAUACUGUAACAAACUGUUAUUACUGUAUUAUUUCUCUAACAAUGUGGUAUUACUUAUAUCAAAGUGUUAUUACUGUUAUUACUGUAACAAAGCGUUAUUACUGUGCUAUUACUGUAACAAAGUGUUAUUACAUUGACAUUUUAGUAAUUUAGCAGACACUCUUAUCCAGAGCAACUUACAGGAGCAAUUAGGGUUAAAACAAAGUGGUAUUAGUGUCUUAUAACACAUGACCUAAUUAAAACACUAAGGAACCUUAGGGAUUUCACAGUGGUGAUUGUUAUUAAGCCUGAGCAUCUGUUGUCUGUUAAAGCCCUUGGGAUUAAGAAUGCUUAGAAUUACUGAGGCAGUAGCGAGCAGUCAGUCAGUCGCUCCUCCUUACUAUUUUGAAUGGUGUCAUUUCAGUACUGAAGAGCACAUCCACCUCUUGAACAGGUCAGUCUGUUGAUCAUUACAGUCUGCAAUACUGACCCUAGUCACAGUUGUAAUCCCAGUGACCCCAUAUUUACACAGACACACCCCAGACAGUGAAGUAAAUCAAAGACUCAACUAAAAUAAUU